AUGGCAGAACAAGUUACUCAGCACGGUACGGAUAAAACAUCAAUACCACGCAACAGAAUAAGAAACACUUAUAAUAAUGAAAGAACCACUAUAUACGUGGGAUCUGAUCGAUAUAUUGUCGAUAAGGAAAUAGGUAAAGGCUCCUUUGCCACCGUUCAUAGAGCCCAUUUAAUAACACCCACUUCUCCUCAUCUGCACCAAUCAGUAGUGGACUCAUCAAGCAUUAAUAAUCCAACAUGUUUUGCCAUUAAGAUAGUACCAAGAUCAAAAUUAAAGAAUAAAAAACUGUUGGAAAAUUUGGAAAUUGAAAUCGCUAUAUUAAAGAAGAUUAGCCAUCCUCAUAUUGUUAAACUUAUUGAUUUUGAAAGAACAUCUAAAGAUUUUUAUUUAAUAAUGGAAUAUUGUUCUCUAGGUGACCUAACGUUUCUAAUCAAGAAACGUCAACAGCUGAUCAAGAACCACCCCCUAUUAGAGAAAAUUUUCAAAAAGUAUCCACCACCCAACGAAAAGUACAAUGGGCUUCAUAAAGCCUUUAUUCUAAAUUAUUUACAACAGCUGUCUUCUGCUUUAAAAUUCUUAAGAUCUAAAAAUUUAGUUCAUAGAGACAUAAAACCACAAAAUUUAUUACUAUCUGCUCCAUUAAUUAACUAUAAUGACCCUAAAAGUUUCCAUGAUUUAGGUUUUGUUGGGAUUUAUAACCUACCCAUAUUAAAAAUUGCUGAUUUUGGGUUUGCAAGGUUCUUACCUAAUACUUCAAUGGCAGAAACAUUAUGUGGAUCACCCCUUUAUAUGGCCCCCGAGAUCCUAAAUUAUCAAAAGUAUAACGCAAAGGCAGAUCUUUGGUCGGUCGGUACUGUACUUUAUGAAAUGUGUUACGGGAAUCCACCAUUUAAAGCGUCCAAUCAUUUGGAAUUAUACAAAAAAAUUAAGAAGGCAAACGAUUUGAUAUAUUUCCCAACAUAUAUUGAAAUUGAUAACAAUCUAAAAAGCUUAAUUUCCAAACUCUUAACGUUUGAUCCACAAGAGAGAAUAGAAUUUGAUGAAUUUUUCAACAAUGAAUUAGUAAAUGCUGAUCUUUCGCCCUAUGAAACAAGAGAUAAUGAUGAUAUACAAGAAUUAGAACUAAAAUCCAAAGAUGUCAUUGACAAUAACCUAUUUAUAUCUGAGUACUUGACUGAUAAAAGAAAUAAUCCUGUUUCUCCAAAAAAGAUUGAAGAUUCAGAAACGGCAAGUGCAAGUGCUUCAUCAAUAUCAUCAUCUGCCCUUCAAGAUGAUCUUUAUCAUACCAAACCUCAUACUGCGACUUAUCAAGAUAGAGAAAUUACUAGAAAACGUGGAAUCGAUAAUUUAGUCAAACAAAAACCAAAUUCACAACCUAAAGCAACAAAAAUUGAUGAUAAGACUAGUUCAGAAAUAAAUCUUGGGAAAGAUUAUGUGGUCGUAGAAAAGAAAAGUGUGGAGGUGAACUCUCUUGCAGAUGAAUUAGCAAAACUAGGGUCCAAUCCAACACCACAGCAAAGUGUUUUUAAUUCUCAAAGAAAACGUACUUCUAUGGGAAGUUACCUGCCAUCAAAGGACCAAAUACAGAUAAACCCAACUACAAAUACAUUAAAUGAAACAAAACAAAUAACAAAUAAAACAGCUCCAUUAAUUGCACAACGACGUCCGUCCGUAAUCGAUCGCCGUCUUUCAAUAUCAUCAUUAAAUCCCUCAGGAGCUCUAUCAAAGGCAUUGGAAAUUGCUUCUACAAAACUGUUUGGCGCAACAACUUUAACUUCUCAGAAUUCUCCAUAUCAACCAAACCUAUUACUUCUAAACCCAAGAAUAUUUCAAGAUUUAACAGAAAAUAUAAUAUUAAGGAUCAACAAUAUCGAACCAUCAAUGGAUAUGAAGCAAUUAAAGCCAGCACAACUUGAUAGUAACAAAAUAGUACACAUAUUGGAGAGUCAAGCUGCCAGAGCCUACGUUGUUUAUUCUUAUGCAGAAGUAAAGUUUCAACAGAUUGCACCUUUACCGCCAAAACGACUAAGCACCGGGAGUUGCGCCAUAAUAGACGAAGAGGAAUCUCAAAUUAAAAAGGCUGAAAUUGCAGAUCUACCUCCUGAUCAAUUACGACACUUGUGUACGGAGGCAAUAAUGCUUUAUAUGAAGGCACUUUCGAUUUUAGCGAAAUCAAUGAAAGUGACUUCAGGUUGGUGGUAUGAGUCAAAUGAAAAAGUUUGUUCUUUGAGGCUAAAUCUUUUGGUUCAAUGGAUUAGAGAAAGAUUUAAUGAGUGUUUGGAGAAGGCUGACUUUUUGAAAUUGAAAUUAGAUGAGAUUUCUAAGAGUAAUGGAUCUUCAUCAUCAGUAACAGCGGCAACCGCCAACGUUGCCAAUUCUACUGGUUUGGAUGAUAUUGUAUUGGAAAAGUUAUUAUACGAUAGAGCUUUGGAAAUAUCUCGAACUGCCGCCAAGAUGGAAUUGAGUGGUGAAAACCUCUAUAAUUGUGAAAUCAGUUACGCAACUGCAUUAUGGAUGUUAGAGACGUCAUUGGAAUCUGAUACACCAUCGACAGGUUGGAAUAAAAGCGAACAUGACCUUAAAUAUAAUAUGAAUCUUGAAGAUAUACCCGAUUAUCACAAUGUAUUAGAUGAGCAUGACAAACAAAUUAUAAGGAAAUACAUGGAUAGUAUCACACAUAGAUUGAAAUCAUUAAGAACAAAAAUGACACAACUUUGA